ACGCACAUACAUAGCUCAACUAGUGGGAAAUCUACUACAAUGCAACUCUUAUUCCAACUUUUUGCUCAUACAAUGUGAGGAAGAUGGCCGAGACAAGCUGUGACUGGGUGGAGAUCUUGGAGCCGCGCUCGCAGGAGCGCAUGUACGUGAACCUGGCCUCGGGGGAGUGUGGUUGGGAGCCCCCAGCAGGCGCCGCCGUGCGCCAGUCCGAUGGCAGCCAGUGGUGGGAGCUGUUUGACAGCCACAACAAACGCUUCUACUACUACAACAGUGCCAGUCAGCAGACGGUGUGGCACCGGCCCCAGGCCUGCGACAUCGUGCCCCUGGCCCAGCUACAGGCCAUGAAGAGGAGCUCUGAGACGGGUCUGAGGGGCCCCAUCAAGCCCCAGAGAGGGGGAGGAGGAGGGGAGGGCCGCCGCACAGCCCUACCUAACCAGGCCUACCCUAUGCCCCCCGCCCAGGACCCUGACAGCAGCGGGCGGUCCACCCCCUCUAAGGGGCUCUGUGACAGCCUGGAGAGCAGGAACGACACCCCCAGGGACCCAGGUCAAAGAUGGCAGCCAGCUCCGGGGUCGAAGGCAGCCAUGUUGGUGAAGGUGAACAGUAUUGGCAGGAAGCAGUCCGUGGUGCCCGCUAGCACCCAGCACCUCAACACUCUCAGCCCUGGGAGCCCUGCUGUGUACCAGGUCCACUCAGACAGCCCCAGACCCAUAUCCAGCCCUGCAGGCAAGAUGGCUUCCCCUGUGGACCACAAACAAGCCUUCCACCUGAAGAAGGGAGACAACGGUAACUUCGGCCUGGUGAUGCCCUCCACUGGCAGCCAGGUCUACCAGACUCCACAGAGGUGUCAGGCUGGCACCCCCCAGCCCUCCUCGCCCCAUUACGGUGCCACUCCGCCCAUCUAUGAUGAACCACCCAUGGAAACACCUAUCUAUGAUGAGCCCCCGAUGGAGGUGGAGGGGGCCGCCCUCCUGAACAGGUCCUCCACCCCAACCACCAGCCUGCAGAGGGUCCGCCAACCCCAGACCCAGCCUCAGCAGCAACCCAAGCUGCUUCAAUACCCAGCCUCUCAUCUGGCCUCCAAACACAAGAGGAAUCCCUCCGCCACAGAGUACAGCCCCGCUGGACGGGAGUGCAUCAAACACAUGGUCAACGUGGACCCUGCCACCUGCAAGCAGAGCCCCAUAUCCCAUCCUAUCCAGACAGAGCAGGCCCCUGCUCCAGACACUGACUUGCCCCCCUCUCCAUCCCCAUGCCCAGUCGUGACCCAGCCCAGGCCUAAGGAGGUGAGCCUGGAGAAGAAGCAGUCGUGGCGUCUCCUGGAGACCAGCGUGAGGAAGAACAUGGAUGUCCGACACAGCCGGCAGAACAGUGUGGCCUCCCAGGAGUACCCAGCGCUGGCCGCCGUCACCUACCAGGACUCAGGCUACUCCACCGGGCCCUCGCCCAGCUUGAGGAGGAAGAACCGCCGGAGAGCCCUGGGAGGGGGGGCUGGGGGAACAGGGCAGGGCCGGCCAGGCUCAGUGGGCAGCAGUGGGGAGCUCAGUGCCCUGAAUGAGAAGCUGAUGGCAGAGAUGCGGGUGGUGGUGAGUCGCUCUAACACCCUGCGUGGCAGCAAGGCCAGCCUGGACACUGAGAUGUCUGACAGCUCUGUACCUCGGGCCCGUUCCCCCCUGGACUCCCCGAAGAAGUACAGGGGCCGCAGCGCCUCCCGAGAGGACAUCAGCGCCAGUAACCGCUCUCUGUACCGGACCGGGAGCGGGAGUACCCAUGGCGACGUGCCCCUCUCUCCCCUGGCGUCAGAGGGCAUGGUGCGUCAGAAACGGACCUAUGAGAAGGUGGACACUCUGGAGAAGAGCAUCAUCAGCCAGAACAGCCUGUCCUCCUCGGAGCCCCACAUGUCCCUCUCACAGGCAGGAACGCUGGACUCCAAGGCCCAGUCGGAGAUCUCGUCACAAGGCGGAGGUAAUGGACACAGGGGCACCCCUCAUGGAGUCAAAGUGACUGGAGACAGGAGGGGAGGUGGGGGAGGAGGAGGCGGCAGUGUGGGAUACCAGUACCCUUACACCACCCUCUGUAAACCUCCUCCAGACACCAACAUGGUGGACUGGGCCAGUAAGAACCUGAACCUGCACACCCAGGGCCUGUUCCGCCGCCGCGUCUCCAUCGCCAACAUGCUCUCCUGGAACAGGGGCUCCAUCAAGAAGCCCAUGCUGAUCACCAGCGACCGCACCGUCAAGAAGGAAGCCUGUGAGAUGUUCAAGCUGAUUCAGGGCUACAUGGGGGAUCGUCCGGCCCGGCUGGAGCGCCGUCACACCGCCCUGCUGGUGGUCACUAAGUGCUGGGGAAUGCAGGCCCUGAGGGAUGAGCUGUACGUCCAGCUGGUCAGACAGACCACUGACAACCUGAGCCUGAGGAGCCUGGAGGCCGGCUGGGAAUUCAUGGCCAUCAGCCUGGCCUUCUUCUCCCCCUCGCCCAAGUUCAGAAGCUACCUUGAGGGGUACAUCCAGACACACCUGGAGCCCUCCAACGACAAGAAGAUCAUGCAGCACAUUAUGGAACAACAGGACAUGAAGACCAAGAAGAAUUCAAAGUCCCGGAAGAAGAGGAAGCAGAACAGCGAGGAAGAAGAAGAGGGCCUGCCAAUCAGCACUUAUGCCAAGUACUGCUACCGCAAGCUGCAGAAGGUCGCGGUCACUGGGGGAAAAAAGGGUCUGAGGAAGCCCACCCUGGAGGAGUUAGACCAGGGGAGGAAUGCCAUCGUGACCCCUUCCUUGUUCGGCAGCGCCCUGGAGGAGAUCAUGGAGCGCCAGAGCGAGCUGUUCCCGGAGCGCAGGCUCCCCUGGGUGCAGGUGCAGCUUUCUCAGUACGUCCUAGCCCUAGGAGGGGCCCAGACAGAGGGAAUCUUCAGGGUGCCUGGAGAUAUUGACGAGGUGAAUGCGCUGAAGCUGCAGGUAGAUCAGUGGAAUAUUCCAGAAAACCUUGGGGACCCCAACGUCCCGGCGUCUCUGCUGAAGCUGUGGUACAGGGAGCUGGAGGAGCCAGUCAUCCCUCAGAGCUUCUAUCAGCAGUGCAUCAGUAACUAUGAGGAUCCUGAAGCAGCUAUCAGCGUGGUGCAGUCUCUGCCUGAGCUCAGCAGACUGGUGCUCUGCUACUUUAUACACUUCUUACAGGUGUUUGCUCAGCCCGUCAAUGUGAGUAAGACCAAGAUGGACGUGAAUAACCUGGCCAUGGUAAUGGCUCCCAACUGUCUCCGCUGCCAGUCAGACGACCCACGCGUAAUCUUUGAGAACACGAGGAAGGAGAUGUCCUUCUUACGCAUGCUCAUUGUUCACCUGGACACCAGCUUCGUCAAGGACAUCCUCUGAGGGGGUCAACUCUAUCCCUCUUUAUCAAGGACAUCCUCUGAGGGGGUCAACUCUAUCCCUCUUUAUCAAGGACAUCCUCUGAGGGGGUCAACUCUAUCCCUCUUUAUCAAGGACAUCCUCUGAGGGGGUCAACUCUAUCCCUCUUUAUCAAGGACGUCAUCUGAGGGGGUCAACUCUAUCCCUCUUUAUCAAGGACAUCCUCUGAGGGGGUCAACUCUAUCCCUCUUUAUCAAGGAUAUCCUCUGAGGGGGUCAAAUCUAUCCCUCUUUAUCAAGGACAUCCUCUGAGGGGGUCAACUCUAUGCCUCUUUAUCAAGGACAUCCUCUGAGGGAGCCAACUCUAUCCCUCUUUAUCAAGGACAUCCUCUGAGGGGGUCAACUCUAUCCCUCUUUAUCAAGGACAUCCUCUGAGGGAGCCAACUCUAUCCCUCUUUAUCAAGGACAUCCUCUGAGGGGGUCAACUCUAUCCCUCUUUAUCAAGGACAUCCUCUGAGGGGGUCAUCUGUUUAUCCGUCACCAUGCCCUGGAGAGCUGCACUCGUUCAUCAGCCCUCAUAGCUGCUCUGUCUUUCUAUCAUACAACUCUCUACAACUGUCUACCACCUUAUUCACAACAAGCCCUCUGUUCCUUCACACUUCUCAUCAACCAUAUCACAUCUCAACCCUAGAUUCCCUCUGGUUCACGAACACCACAGCCGGAGGAACACAGACAGUGGACUGCACAAACAGUGAUCGGGUAUCUAGACGGUUUUUCGUGCUCCGAAUCAUCUUCCCUUUUUGUUUGAGACUUUGGGACAAGCUCACAUGUGAUGGUAGUGGGAGACUGUUUAUCCGUUGGAAAGCAGGACAUACAGUACACGGUGUUCUUGGGCUCGUGUUAAUGACUGGAGCGGAAUCAGUGGAAUGGUAUCAAACAUGGUUUUCUAUGUGUUUGAUACCAUUCCAUUUGCGCCGUUCCAGCCAUUAUUAUGAGCCGUCAUCCCCUCAGCAGCCUCCUGUGCUACUGUUUCUGCUCCAAACACUGGACCGUGCUGGCGUGAGAUUCAGCAUGUGAAGAAGAGCAAUCGCAAUACGAGACUAUUAUGCACAAGAAGCAUGUGUGCAGGGAAAAGUCCAGAGACAAAUGUGUAAAUAUGGUGUUGUUUUUUUUUGUGGGGGGGGGGUUAGUUCCUGCUUUGAGUGCCACAUAUGUAUCUGACUGCCAUGGUUGUGAAUGAUGAUGAUGUCUCAUCACGUUUAGACAUGACGAAUUGAGGGGAAACCCACUACAGACAGAAUCUGUAUUAUACCGUUCUCUUUUCCUUUAUUGUAGCAGUGUAUGCAGGCAACGCUUUCCUUCGCAUUUCAUUUGGAAUGCUUUUUUGACUAAUUUGAAUAUGAAUUCUGUCUGUGUUGCCAGAGCUGCAGGAUGAGUUGAUAGUAAAGGUUCAUACUUCCCCUGACCUCUUCACUGGCCGCAGAGAGACAGAUUCCCCCUCUGGGCAAAAAAUUAUCAGAUUUAUUUCUAAACCGUUUCUCUUAUAAGAAAAAUGAUAACCCAUCAGUUAGGCAGAGAUGUGUGUACAUAUGUGAGAGACAGAGUCUUGGAUUAAAACCAUGAGGAAAACACAUGCCUAUUCUCC